UGUUUCAGCUCGGGGUCGGGGCUUUGGGUUUAGCGAGCGGCGGCAGGUGGUGGGCUGUUCCGGCUGCUCGGGGCGCGUGGAGUAUUUUUGGCGCUCGCGGCUGAGUCUCUUACUCUGUUGGGCCUGUUGGCGAGAGGGACGUGGAGGAGAGGUUCUGUGGGCGCAGCGCUGGGGCCCCUGAAGGGGAAGGGAGCAGCCGCACCUGAGGGCAGCGCUGCGGCCCGGGAAGAGGAGGAGAAGGGACGGUCCCCGCGGGCAGGGUCCGAACUCGCUGGGAUCAGAGCUGGUCUGGAGCCGCCGCGCGAUGCUCGGGGCCCGGUGCCUGCUCCGAGCCCUGCGCUCCUGUUCCUCCGCUCCCUGCCCGAGACACACGCCUUCCACUAAACUGAGCGUGCGGGAUGCUCUCGGGGCCCAGAACACGAGUGGGGAGCGCGUUAAGGUCCAGGGAUGGAUUCGUUCAGUCCGGUCCCAGAAGGAAGUCUUGUUCCUGCAUAUAAAUGAUGGGUCAUCUUUGGAAAGCCUUCAGGUUGUAGCAGAUUCAAGCUUUGACAGCAAAGAACUGGCUUUUGGGAGUUCUGUGGAAGUUCAAGGGCAGCUGGUAAAAAGUCCAUCCAAAAGGCAAAAUGUGGAACUGAAGGCAGAAAAAAUUGAAGUUGUUGGAAAUUGUGAUGCCAAGGCUUUCCCUUUUAAAUAUAAAGAGAGGCAUCCUCUGGAGUAUCUGAGACAGUACCCUCACCUUAGGUGCAGGACUAAUGUCCUGGGUUCUAUCCUGAGGGUCCGCAGUGAAGCCACAGCUGCUAUUCAUUCUUUCUUUAAGGACAGUGGCUUUGUGCACAUUCAUACUCCAAUAAUCACAUCCAAUGACUGUGAGGGAGCUGGAGAACUUUUUCAAGUUGAAGUAUUUGGUACCAUCUGUUCAAGAUGCUGUGCUAAAUGUUAUGGGGAUAUAGAGAUGUGGCUGAGGCUCUGGCCUGUAAAGCUGCCUUCAAGCAAAGUAAAGGUCCCUGAGGAGAAUUUCUUCAAUGUUCCUGCUUUCUUAACUGUCUCGGGACAGCUUCACCUAGAAGUGAUGUCAGGAGCUUUUACUCAAGUGUUUACCUUUGGUCCAACAUUCCGAGCAGAGAAUUCUCAGAGCCGGAGACACCUGGCAGAGUUUUAUAUGGUAGAAGCAGAGAUUUCUUUUGUUGAGAGCCUUCAAGAUCUCAUGCAGGUUAUGGAGCGGCUUUUCAAGACUGCAACCAUGCUGGUUCUCUCAAAUUGUCCUGAAGACGUUGAACUCUGUCACAGAUUCAUAGCUCCUGGCCAAAAGGACAGAUUAGAACAUAUGCUAAAAAACAACUUUUUAAUCAUUUCUUAUACUGAAGCAGUGGAGAUCUUAAAGCAGGCGUCCCAGAACUUCACCUUCACCCCAGAGUGGGGUGUUGAUCUACACACUGAACAUGAAAAGUUCCUGGUGAAGCACUGUGGCAACAUACCAGUCUUUGUCGUUAAUUAUCCGUUAGCACUCAAGCCUUUCUACAUGAGAGAUAAUGAAGAUGGCCCUCAGCACACAGUUGCUGCUGUUGAUCUUCUGGUUCCUGGAGUUGGAGAGCUCUUUGGAGGUAGCCUCAGAGAGGAACGCUACCAUUUCUUAGAGCAGCGACUGGCCAGAUCAGGACUGACAGAAGCCUACCAAUGGUAUCUGGACCUCCGUCGAUUUGGAUCUGUGCCACAUGGAGGUUUUGGGAUGGGAUUUGAGCGCUAUCUGCAGUGCAUCUUGGGAAUUGACAAUAUCAAAGAUGUUAUCCCUUUUCCAAGAUUUACUCAUUCAUGUCUUUUAUAGCUGGAAGACUGGUUGAGGAAGAUCACUCCAUGCCGGAGGUGUUGCACAUGAGUGUCCACACAGGAGAGUGAAUGUUUGAAUUUUAGAAAUGCAGAAGUUUUCACAUGUAAUUGUCAUGCUGUAAGAUAUAAUAUAUGAAAAAUAGAAAUGAUCAUGAUUUUCUUAGAAAGUUGAGAGCAGGGGCCGGCCCCAUGGCUGAGUGGUAAGUUUGUACACUCCGCUUCGGCAGCUCAGGGUUUCUCUGGUUCAGAUCUUGGGCGCGGACGUGGCGCUGCUCAUCAGGCCACGCUGAGGCAGCAUCCCACACAGCACAACCAGAAGGACCUACAACUAGAGUAUACAACUAUGUACUGGGGGCUUUGGGGAGAAGAAGAAGGAAAAAAACAAGGUUGAAAGCAUUUCAUGGAAAGAUGAACUCCUUCAAGAAGAAGUACUUACAGCAGGUAGAAUCUCAACUCUAUUAUGUCAGUUAAGAAGAAAUGAAGCAGUUGAACUAGAUGGUCCCAAAGUUCCUUUCAAACUUGAAGACAGUGUGAGACAAUGUAUUUUACUUUGUCUUUAAUUAUUGGAUCCUGCCCUGUGUGACCUUGAGAAACAACUAGUAGCUAAAAAUAAAAUGUUGUUGGAUAUUUUCUCCCCUGCAUUUAACCUGUGAUAAAUGCCCAUCUUAUUCUCAGUGUUUUACUAAACAUUACAGAAGAAAAUAUUCCUUUUUUGGGGCCUUAACUGAGUUAAUAAAGUUGCUAUUCUGAA